AAUGACGUUCCUCUACGUCACUUUUCCUCCCCACGUGAAACGCACUGUGCAUGUGAACAGCAGCUACCUGAAGCGGGUUUCUCUAUGUUCACAGGCCUUUAGUGCACAUAUUCUGGUUUUAUGCUCAUCGACAGCAGGAGUAUGGAGUCUGAAGACGAGGACUCGCUGCUCGGGGAGUCAGAGGAGGAGUACAGUGAAUUAUCUGACAGUGAGCUUCAGGAGGCUUUUGCAAAGGGGUUGUUGAAGCCAGGGAUGAAUGUUCUGGUGGAUGAACCCAAAAAGUCAGUCAACAACGUGGAGGGCUUAAAACAGUGCCUUGCUGAACUCCGUAAAGACCUCCCCUGGGUGGAGAGGUUGGAUCUGACCAACCCGCCCGCUGAAGACGUUCUGUCCAAAGCUGAGGGGAAAGCUCCAAAUCCCACGAAUGGAGACGUUAACGCGGAAAAUGAUUUCCAAAGGGAGAUGUUCUUCUACCGUCAGGCUCAGGCGACAGUCCUAGAGGCUCUGCCCCUCUUAAACAAGCACGGCAUAUUCACCAAGAGGCCUGACGACUACUUUGCAGAGAUGGCCAAGUCGGACCAACAGAUGCAGAAGAUCAGGAAAAAGCUGAUCUCCAAGCAGAUGAUAAUGGAGAAGUCAGAGAAGGCCAAAAAACUGCGGGAGCAAAGAAAGUUUGGCAAAAAGGUCCAAGUAGAAGUGAUCCAGAAGAGGCAGAAAGAAAAGAAGGCGAUGAUGACUGCAGUGAAGAAAUACCAGAAAGGUAUGACAGACAAACUGGAUUUCUUGGAAGGGGACCAGAAGGCGGGUAAAGACUCGGCACAGGGACCCAAGAAGGUGGCCAACAAGAAGGGCCCCAAUGCUAAGAGGAAAUACAAGGACCAGAAGUUUGGAUUUGGAGGCAAGAAGAGCGGAAAGAAGUGGAACACCAAGGAGAGCUUCAACGAUGUGUCCGGUUUCCGUGCCAAGGUGGCUCACGCAAAGGGCGGCGGCAAGGGAGGGAAUAAAGGCAAAGGAGGAAAACAGAACAAACGCCCGGGCAAGUCUGUGCGCAAGAAAAUGAAGUCUCGCUCCUAAAAAGUGGACGGAGGCUGGUCAGGAGGCUGGACUGGACCCCUGAGCUUUUAUGCAGGAUUUACAUCAGGACACAUUUAAGAGAAGGCAGACCUUUCCUUCUACAGUUUUUGUACUAUAUGCCUUUGUAAAAUAUGUCUUGAUUUUCUUGGUGGACCUUGAAAGCCACAGAGAGAGAAAGAGAGAGACGUCCCACCAGCUCGCUGUGGAAGCUGUUUGAGGGACUGAGCUGGUGAAGAAGUGGUCUCUGUUUGCAGAAAGGCCGCCCCCCAAAAGUGGACUACAUAGAAGUACCCAAACAAUGAAGAGAGAAUUUCAACGAUAAGACAAAACUGCAGACAUAAUGUUCUCUUUCUAUCCGUAUUUGUUGAGGUGGUUUUUAAGCAGCUGUGAUUCCACAUCAACAUAUUUUCCGUCUCGUCUGAACUGUGUGCCAUUCAGUUUUUUUUCCUGUUUUAUUUUCCCCAACCUCGCUCCUUGACUCAUCGAUUCACCCCCAUGCGACAUGACAUUUUACAAUAUUGAGCAGCUGCUACUUUUGCCCUUUUCCCCCGUUCAUUAAUAUGAUUAGAAUGUGAUGGGGAAAGUCUGCUUUGUAUAGACCUGUGCAAAUGUUUGCCCUGCAAGUCUUUUGUUUGAGGAGAUGGAACUGCUAAAGGGCAGCUUGUGCUGAUGACGUGCGUAUGUUUGAGAAAUAAAAAUCUGAAAAAAAGAG